GCCUAAUAUCUCUCCCCACGUGUCCCCUCCAAAUGUCGCACUAUAAAUCCAACCUAAAAUCACCGGUAAAUCCACUUCCAAUACUAAUAAAACUGCAGUCUUUAUCGUUAUCAUCGUUCCUUUCUUCAACCAAAUCAAAAAAAAUCCAUCCAUAACCGCUUUCUCAUUCAAUCUACCGUUUCGCUUCCCUUAUUAGCCAAACCCACUUCUUGCUUUAAUUCAUACGUUAAAAUCCCACGUUUGGAAAUCGUAGAAAAGAAAUCGCCGGCGACAUGGGUCGAGUCUGGACUUUCCUCACUUACGUUCAUUCUGCCGCUGGGCCGACUACGAUGUUACUCUAUCCUCUGUAUGCUUCGGUGAUAGCAAUCGAGAGCCCAUCAAAGCUAGACGACGAGCAAUGGCUUGCCUAUUGGAUUCUGUAUUCAUUUCUUACUCUGGUUGAGAUUCUGUUUCAACCCAUCUUGGAAUGGAUUCCGAUUUGGUAUGAUGUGAAGCUUGCAUUUAUACUAUGGUUAGUUCUGCCACAAUUCCGAGGGGCAGCUUUCAUCUAUGAGAAAUUCGUGAGGGACAAGAUCAUCAAGAGAUACGGUGUUAUUUCUCAACAUGUUCAGAGCGUUAGCAAUAGUAGCAAGAAGUCUUCUUCUCCGGACAGCAAAAGCAAAAGCAAAAACAAGUUUGUCGAUUUCAUUAGUCCUAAAAAGAGUGAACGUGAAGCUUACUGAGCAUCAACAAGAAGAGUGGGAAGAAUAGGAGACCUUUUUUUUUAAUUUUUAAUUUAUCUCUUGCCGGCCUUUUGUUGUAUUUGUAACACUUUCGGUCCGUUUGAUGUUUGUUUCUUUCAGUGUUGUAUAAAUUACUUGGCAUUGUAGCUUUUGAUGUACUCAAAAACUCUUUUUAGUAUAUGAAAUAGUGCUCAUUAAUAAUAAAAGAAAAAUUCAAAGAUCUUUAACGCCCCCUGGAUUACAGGUGGGCAUGUAUUCUUUUAUAAAGUUGUAUUCCUCUCUCUUUUGUUGGUUUUAAAGCAAAAGAUUUCGGAUGGACAUUUGAGUAUUAAACCGUAUACUGAUGUCCAAACUUCAUUAACACAAUC